UGAACUUUCAAGGUUAAAAAUAUGCUACAGCUGAUGCAGAAAUCAUCCGAGUUUCGAAUUAAUUCCAAUCACUCUAAAUCUACAUGAAAUUAUAAAGUCUGCACGUAGCCACAUUGCUUUCGUCGCCAGUUCAAGCCGAGUGCGAGAUCAUCGCUAGAUUUAGGACCUUUACUUUGCAAUGCCACGUAGUAAACGUAGAUCGACCACAGAAAUGAGUUCCAAUGAAGAUGACAGAUACGCAUCAAAGAGGCUCCGCAACUCCAGCUCUCGGCGAGUGUCCCGCGUUGAGGAGGCGCAGUCCUUUAGUCAGAAGCGCUGUCUGGCCUGGUUCAGGGAGUACACAACGCCGGACGAUCCGGACACGUUGGGGCCCGAAGGCAUGGAGAAGUUCUGCGAAGACAUCGGGGUGGAGCCCGAGAACGUGGUGAUGUUAGUUUUAGCGUUUAAAAUGCAAGCGAGACAGAUGGGCUUUUUCACGAAGGAGGAGUGGCUCAGGGGGCUGGGCGAGAUGCAGUGCGACUCGAUACAGAAGCUGCAGUACAGGCUGGACUAUUUACGUUGUCUUUUAAACGAUCAAAAUGUCUUUAAAGCCAUCUAUCGAUACGCAUAUGACUUUGCUAGGGAUAAGGAUCAAAGGAGCAUGGAUAUGGAGACUGCGAAAGCGAUGCUCCAACUUUUGCUGGGUAAACAUUGGGCCCUCUAUACGCAGUUCAGUCAGUUCCUUGAUCAGUCAAAGUACAAAGUUAUUAAUAAGGACCAGUGGUGUAAUAUCCUCGAAUUUUCACGGACCAUCUACAAUGACCUAUCCAAUUAUGACGUGGAUGGUGCUUGGCCGGUAAUGUUAGACGAAUUUGUAGAAUGGUUGAAAGCGUCGAGAGCUAAAGCCGCCAUAAAAUCAUGAUUAUACCCAAUUGACCGUUUUACUGGAAGUGCAAUGUAAUUUAUAUAAUCAAUUUUCUGUUUUACACCCAACUUCCAGUCAAAAAUUCAAAUGCAAUGUAACGAUAAUAAAAUUGUGUAAUAAAUUCUUACGUUUAGAAAUCUGUCUAUAACAACAUUGUAACUCAGAACUGACUUAGUUAAUUUAUUUCGUAAGUGUAAGUUGUUUGGUAUUACUGUUCAGGUUUGAUUGCGAGGAAACAUUGAUAAAAUUAAUUUUGUAUGUUUUUUGUUGUAAAAUAAAAUUACAUCGUAAAUUAGGAAAUAUCAAUAAAUUCCAUUAGACAAUUGA